UGUGAUAACAGCACAGAUCUGACAAAGAAGGCAGCAACCAUUGGAAGCAAUAUCAACAUGUUAAGAAAAGCUUUAACGACUGAUGCUGUGAAGGAGUUUUCUGUUGUACCUUCGGCUAAUCCAGCUGAUCAUUUUACUCCUGCUGAAGCGGCUCUCGUCACAAGGUUUGUGAAUGCUCUCUGUCGCAUGCUCAUUCCUGUGAUUUGUAGUGCAGCUAUCCCUAUAUUGGAAGAGCACAACUGUUUGACAGAGAUACCUACACCUCAACCUUUGAAACUUUUCCAAAUGGGAAGUGGGAAACCUCCUUUCACACUUGUGGUCGCACUGGAGAAGAAAACGGAAACACUUGUCUACGAAAUGAUGUCUCGUUGGUGUGAGAAUACCACUUUAGAAGGUGUUCAAACGAUUCUGAAAGAGUCAACGCUUAUAAUGAUGCCAGAACUUCCGGUGACACAGUUCAAUUGCCAUGAUUACGGAACUAUUGCUCCAUUCCAACAAGUGUUGUCUGACAUCUUGAAGUAUGUUCCCCAAGUCGAUUACAUGCUCCUCUUCGCUACAGGAGGACUCAAGCUUCGCUACACAAAUGAGACAGGAGGAUUUGGUGAUGAAUUGGCCUCGAUUUAUAAAUCCGUUCAUCCCUUCUUACAAGAUGCCCUUACGGAUACCUGUAACGGAGGAAUGCCUCAAGAACGAGAUGCUAUCCGAAGAAUAGCAUGGUCCGAAGGAAGCUCACCUUUACCGACUGUGGAUUGGAGCAAACCUGAUUCUCUUUUGGUUCAAGCUGCAUGCUGUCCAGAGACAGGAGUUGGCCAUCAUUACGAGGAAAAUCGGAAAAGUAUAAUAUCGGUGAUGAAUGAAAGAUUGCAUGGGUUGAGAGUAACUACGGAUGACACGAGUCUCGUCAUUCUGAGAGAAGAUGGGAAAAUGCACCCACUCAGGUUCGAAGAAGUUUUCAUUCCUCUAUCGAAUGGAUCACACAAAUUGACCGUUUUACGCAAUGGACAAAUCGUAGAUAAGUUUUCUGUCCAAAUUACCACAAGAUCUCCUACUGCCGUACAUGUAAUUCAUAUUGGACCUCAGACGUUCAUGGCGUCGAACUUCGUGGUUGUAUCGUUCGUCUCGUUUAUAAUUUUAAUAGCAUGUAUAUUCGGAUGUCGUCAAAGAGUUUCAUCGGUUUUGAACCGCCGAGGAUUCUUCACGGGUAGUCGAGCAGGUUUCGAACGAAUCCCACUCUACAUGAAUGAUGAUGAUGACGAAGACGAUAUUUUCGAUCUUCAAAAACUAUAA